AUGUUUACUCUAAUACCGCACAGCUAUGAAGAACCACCUGAGCAAUUUGUUGAACCUGUGUUUACUGCCUUAAAACGGACAUUCGCAGUUGAUGGUCAAGACAUUGGUAUAUACCUUCAGAUACACGUUGAUGCACUACCAACGUACGGCGCGGGAAAGCAAUUAACACAGGCCGACAGAAAACUCGUGGAGAGAUGCUGUAUUAGAGACCCCGUGUUCCCCCAUUUCGUAUCGAUGAGAAUUUGGGCGGGGAGCUGUUACAAUACGGCACUUAUGAGCUGCGCCGUAGCUAUUGCCCAUGUGACUUUGGGGUUGAUCCCCCCAGGAGGAAUGCUAGCGAGCUUUGAGGUAGAACGAUCUGUUUUUGAGCGGGUUGGUGAUCGCCAACAACUUGUUGCAGGAUGCACAAUGGACUGGGUAAACGGCCCCUCACUACAGGGUCACCAUGUCAGUUUAGCAGACGCCUUCAAGAACUUUUUAGAAGACAGUCAGUGGGUCGUGCUAGGCAGGUACAUGCACCUACGAAGGACAUUUGGCACAGGACGAGUGCCUGUCAAAGAUGUAGGUAACAUCCUGCAAUGCAGGGUCAUUGACUAUCAAUAACAUAAACAAUGAGCAAUCACAAACCUAAGUAUGUAUAUUAUCAAAUAUAUAAUAUAUAGACAAAUAUUUCACAUAAUUAUGCACAUAACACUUUUUAGACGAUUUAACUUAGGACGACAUCAGCAUUGGUCUUUAUGCGAGAGCCGGUACGCGAUGCCAAUUUGACGUUUAUUCAACCAGGAGACGUCUACUCUCUCGACCCCACAACCAGUGAUAGGCAACACGUCUUGUACGAGAUUCACGCUAUCUCACCAUUCAGCCAGUCCUUAUUGGCAAUGGGAAUAGACUUGUGUUUUAAUUUUUGU